AUGGACGAGACGGGGGUCCCCCUCAGCGUGCUGGAUUCUUUGAAAGUCCUCGUCAGCAAGCAUGAUCUGAGGGAUCAUCGCGGAGCGGCAGUAAAACGCACGCUGGUCACUGGAGUCGAAUGUAUCUCCGUAAACGGACGGUUCUUGUCUCCUCUCAUCUGGCCGGCCGCCACGCACCGCGGGGCGAAUGCCAUCGAACGAGCACGACAUGCGGCGUUCACGCGCCGCAACAUCCGAUCCGGUUGGGCUAAGACGGGGCUCGUUCCUUUCGACCCUAAUCAAGCGAUUCGUGGGAUACAGAAAUCGCGACCUGAUAUUCGGAUGGGAACUGAGAUCGCAGUCACUCAAGGCAGCCCUGUUUCGGAGGGAGAUACUUUGAUCACAGCACCAGUGACAGAUGAUGGUUUCAUAGUCCUGCGGAACCAGGUUGAGGCAGAUGCUAGAUCUCUCGACAGGGUAUUCCAAAACCAACUGGAGAAGCUCAACCAGGCCGCGAAAAGAGCGAUCGCAGAGCAGGCACUUCUACUGGAUGAAGAUCGACUAUUGUUCGAACAGAACACUAAGAAGAUGACUACACAGUCGACUAGAUCGAGGAUCGUGGGACAUGCGAAGGCGAUGAACUAUGAGACAUUCUCGAAGCACAACGAAACCGGAACGCCAAGGCGGUUUCGCCGCCUCGUUCCAAUUGUCGCAAGAAGCGAUCCCAGUCCGUAG